AGUUCAGUGAAACUAGGACAUCUAUGCAAAUGUGAGGGAGCUGGGCUGAAGGAAGCAGCACAAAGGAAGGUGAGAAGAGUGGACACUGGCAAGAGAUCAGCCUCUUUCCUGGUUUCCCUGACACCAUGGACAGUUCCAAUUAACUAAGGCACCUCACCACCCUUGGGGCCCUGCGAAUCCUAUGCUCCCUUCCUGUCAAAUUGGGAUUUUAUCCACCGUUCUCCAAGGGACACUGAAGUUACAUUCUAGUUCCGGUGUCAGGAUCAGUAGCUCCUCUGGGUAUGCCUCUCCUGCAAGGUACUGUGGGGGUGGAAGACCUUGUUCUCCUGGAACCCCUGGUGGAGGAGUCUCUGCUCAAGAACCUUCAGCUUCGCUAUGAAAAUGAGGAGAUUUAUACCUACAUUGGGAAUGUGGUGAUCUCAGUGAAUCCCUACCAACAGCUGCCCAUCUAUGGCCCAGAGUUCAUUGCCAAAUACCAGGACUAUACCUUCUAUGAGCUGAAGCCCCAUAUCUAUGCACUGGCAAAUGUGGCAUAUCAGUCACUGAAGGACCAGGACCAAGACCAGUGUAUCCUCAUCACAGGCGAGAGUGGAGCUGGGAAGACUGAGGCUAGCAAGCUGGUGAUGUCUUACGUGGCCGCUGUCUGUGGGAAAAAGGAGCAGGUUAACUCUGUGAAGGAGCAACUGCUUCAGUCAAACCCCGUGCUGGAGGCUUUUGGCAAUGCCAAGACCAUUCGCAACAACAACUCCUCUCGAUUUGGAAAAUACAUGGAUAUUGAAUUUGACUUCAAGGGAUCCCCCCUCGGUGGCGUCAUCACAAACUAUCUGCUUGAGAAAUCCCGAGUGGUGAAGCAGCUCAAAGGAGAAAGGAACUUCCACAUCUUCUAUCAUCUACUGGCUGGAGCAGAUGCACAACUACUGAAGGCCCUCAAGCUCGAGCAGGAUACAAGUGGCUAUGCCUAUCUGAACUGGGACGUGUCCAGAGUGGAUGGAGUGGACGAUGCCUCCAACUUCAGGGCUGUACAGAGUGCAAUGACAGUAAUUGGAUUUUCGGAGGAGGAGAUUCGACAAGUGCUAGAGGUGACGGCCCUGGUGCUGAAGUUGGGAAAUGUGGAGCUGGUGGAUGAGUUCCAGGCCAAUGGGAUACCAGCAAGUGGCAUCCGUGAUGGGAGAGGUGUUCGGGAGAUAGGGGAGAUGGUGGGUUUGAAUUCAAAGGAUCUAGAGAGAGCUUUGUGCUCGAGGACCAUGGAAACGGCUAAAGAAAAGGUGGUCACAGCACUGAAUGUUAUCCAGGCUCAGUAUGCUCGGGAUGCUCUGGCUAAGAAUAUCUACGGCCGCCUCUUCACCUGGAUAGUGAAUCGAAUCAAUGAGAGCAUCAAGGUGGGCACUGGGGAGAAGACGAAGGUAAUGGGAGUCCUGGAUAUCUACGGCUUUGAGAUAUUAGAGGACAAUAGCUUUGAGCAAUUUGUGAUCAACUACUGCAAUGAGAAGCUGCAGCAGGUGUUCAUCGAAAUGACCCUAAAAGAGGAGCAAGAGGAAUAUAAGAGAGAGGGUAUACCAUGGACAAAGGUGGACUACUUUGAUAACAGUAUCAUCUGUAACCUCAUUGAGCAUAAUCAGCAAGGUAUCCUGGCCAUGCUUGAUGAGGAGUGCCUGCGGCCUGGUGUGGUCAGUGACUCCACCUUCCUAGCAAAGCUAAACCAGCUCUUCUCCAAGCAUGGUCACUAUGAGAGCAAAGUCACACAGAAUGCCCAGCACCAGUAUGACCACACCAUGGGCCUCAGCUGCUUCCGCAUCUGCCACUAUGCAGGCAAGGUGACAUACAACGUGACCAGCUUUAUUGACAAGAAUAAUGACCUACUCUUCCGAGACCUGUCCCAGGCCAUGUGGAAGGCUCAGCACCCCCUCCUUCGGUCCUUGUUCCCUGAGGGCAAUCCCAAGCAGGCAUCUCUCAAACGCCCCCCAACUGCUGGGGCCCAGUUCAAGAGUUCUGUGGCCAUACUCAUGAAGAACCUGUAUUCCAAGAACCCCAACUAUAUCAGGUGCAUAAAGCCCAAUGAGCAUCAGCAGCGAGGUCAUUUCUCCUCAGAGUUGGUGGCAAUCCAGGCUCGGUACCUGGGGCUGCUGGAGAACGUGCGGGUGCGACGGGCAGGCUAUGCCUAUCGCCAGGGGUAUGGGCCCUUCCUGGAAAGGUACCGACUGCUGAGCCGAAGCACUUGGCCUCACUGGAAUGGGGGAGACCGGGAGGGGAUCGAGAAGGUCCUGGAGGAAUUGAGUGUGUCCUCAGAGGAACUGGCCUUUGGGAAGACAAAGAUCUUCAUUAGAAACCCCAAGACUCUUUUCUGCCUAGAAGAGCAGAGGCGCCUUAGACUCCAACAGCUGGCCACACUCAUACAGAAGAGUUACCGAGGCUGGCGCUGUCGCACCCACUACCAGCAGAUGCGAAAGAGCCAGAUCCUCAUUUCCUCUUGGUUUCGGGGCAACAUGCAAAAGAAAUGCUAUGGGAAGAUGAAGGCAUCAGCACUGUUGAUCCAGGCUUUUGUGAGAGGAUGGAAGGCCCGCAAGAAUUAUCGAAAAUAUUUCCGGUCAGGGGCUGCCCUCAUCUUGGCAAAUUUCAUCUACAAGAGCAUUGCACAGAAAUUCCUCCUGGGGCUGAAGAACAAUUUGCCAUCCACCAAUGUCUUGGACGACCAGUGGCCUGUUGCCCCUUACAAGUGCUUCAGCACAGCUAACCGGGAGCUGCAGAAGCUCUUCUACCAAUGGAAGUGCAAGAAGUUCCGGGAUCAGCUGUCUCCAAAGCAGGUAGAGAUACUGAGGGAAAAGCUCUGUGCCAGUGAACUGUUCAAGGGCAAGAAGGCUUCAUAUCCCCAGAGUGUCCCUAUUCCAUUCCACGGUGACUACAUUGGGCUGCAAGGGAACCCCAAGCUGCAGAAGCUGAAGGGUGGGGAGGAAGGGCCUGUUCUGGUGGCAGAGACUGUGAAGAAGAUCAAUCGUGGCAACGGCAAGAGUUCUCCUCGGAUUCUCCUCCUGACCAAGGGGCAUGUGAUUCUCACAGACAUCAAGAAGUCCCAGGACAAAACUGUUAUUGGGCUGGACAGUUUGGCUGGGGUGUCAGUCACCAGCCUCGAGGAUGGGCUCUUUAGCUUGCAUCUGAGUGAGAUGUCAUCACUGGGCUCCAAGGGGGACUUCCUGCUGGUCAGUGAACAUGUGGUUGAACUGCUGACCAGAAUGUACCGGGCUGUGCUGGAUGCCACCCAGAGGCAGCUUCCAGUCACUGUGACUGAGAAGUUCUCAGUGAGGUUCAAGGAGAGCAGUGUGGCCGUUAAGGUCAUCCAGGCCCCUGGAGGUGGUGGGAACAGCAAGCUAAGCUGCAAGAAGAAGGGGAGUCAUCUGGAGGUGACCGUGCAGUGAGGAGGUGGGAGCCUAACACAGGGAGGCAGCUUCUUCCUCCUGGACCAGCACUAAUGCCCCUCCGCCUGCCUUUGCGGGAGAAUCUCAUGUCUCACCCCUCUGAUCAUAGGGUGGGGAUUGGAGAUUGGAGAACCCUUGAAGAGGA